AUGCGGAUCCACAAGGAGGAGCGGAAAUACCUCUGCCCUGACUGCGGCUACAAGUGCAAGUGGGUGAACCAGCUCAAGUACCACAUGACAAAGCACACGGGCCUGAAGCCAUACCGCUGUGACGAGUGCGAGUACCGCACCAACCGGGCUGACGCCCUGCGGGUGCACAAGGAGACGCGGCACCGGGAGGCCCGCUCCUUCAUCUGCGAGCAGUGUGGCAAGGCCUUCAAGACCCGCUUCCUCCUCAAGACCCACCUGAAGAAGCACAGUGAGGAGAAGCCCUACGUCUGCAACGCCUGCGGGCGGGCUUUCCGCUGGGCGGCUGGUCUGCGCCACCAUUACCUGACCCACACCAACGAGCACCCCUUCUUCUGCCGCUACUGCCCCUACAAGGCCAAGCAGAAGUUCCAGGUCAUCAAACACAUCCAGCGGCAUCACCCCGAGCGUGGGGCCAGCGACCCCAGCCAAGGGGUGGGCAAGGACCCCAGCACGCCCACCGUCCACCUCCACGCCGUGCAGAGGGAGAGCCGGGCUGAGGGGCCCCCCGGGAUGGAGCAGGAAGGAGAGUGCCCUGUGGAGAAGGACAGCGCUUCACAGUGA